CGCGGCCGAGUCAGCGGAGCCGAGCAGAACGCUCCGGCCACGGCGGCCACCGCCAGGAUGCUCCGGCCCUCGGGCCGCCCCGCCGCCAGCCACCCCCGCCGGCCCCGGCGGCCCGCGCUCGGCCCGGGGGCGCGGGAGCCACAGCCGGAGCCGGAGCCGGAGGCGGGAGCGGCGGGCGGGCGCCCUGGACGCGGGAACGCACGAUGCUCCUGGUCCCUGGUGUCCCCGGGCCGCUGGGUGUGAGGGCAGCUGCUCUGAGCCGAGGCCUGGCUGCGAGGAGGAUGCCCCGGCCGCCCGCCCGCUCCCGCCUGCACCAUGAGUGAGGAGCAGCGGCCGCCUGGCAGCGCCGUGGGCUGGCUGGCGUGCGGGGGCCUCUCCCUGCUGGCCAACGCCUGGGGCAUCCUCAGCGUGGGCGCCAAGCAGAAGAAGUGGAAGCCGCUGGAGUUCCUGCUGUGCACGCUGGCGGCCACGCACAUGCUCAACGUGGCGGUGCCCAUCGCCACCUACGCCGUGGUGCAGCUGCGGCGGCAGCGCCCGGGCUACGAGUGGAACGAGGGCCUCUGCAAGGUCUUCGUGUCCACCUUCUACACCCUCACCCUGGCCACCUGCUUCUCCGUCACCUCCCUGUCCUACCACCGCAUGUGGAUGGUCCGCUGGCCCGUGAACUACAGGCUGAGCAACGCCAAGAAGCAGGCGGUGCACACGGUCAUGGGCAUCUGGAUGGUGUCCUUCACCCUGUCGGCCCUGCCUGCCGUCGGCUGGCACGACACGAGCGAGCGCUUCUACGCCCACGGCUGCCGCUUCAUCGCGGCCGAGAUCGGCCUGGGCUUCGGCGUCUGCUUCCUGCUGCUGGUGGGGGGCAGCGUGGCCAUGGGCGCCGUGUGCACAGCCAUCGCCCUCUUCCAGACGCUGGCCGCACGGGCGGGCCGCCGGGCCUUCACGGUGCCCACCAUCGUGGUAGAGGACGCGCAGGGCAAGCGCCGCUCCUCCAUCGAGGGCUCCGAGCCCGCCAAGACCUCGCUGCAGAUCACGGGCCUGGUGGCCACCAUUGUCUUCAUCUACGACUGCCUCAUGGGCUUCCCCGUGCUGGUGGUGAGCUUCAGCAGCCUGCGGGCAGACGCCUCGGCACCCUGGAUGGUGCUGUGCGUGCUGUGGUGCUCCGUGGCCCAGGCCCUGCUGCUGCCCAUCUUCCUCUGGGCGUGCGACCGCUACCGCGCCGACCUCAAAGCCGUCUGGGAGAAGUGCACCGCGCUCAUGGCCAACGACGAGGAUUCGGGCGAUGACACCAGCCUGGAGGGGGGCCUGCCCCAGGACCUGGUGCUGGAGCGCUCCCUGGACUACAGCUGUGGGGGCGACUUUGUGGCCCUGGACAGGAUGGCCAACUACGAGCUGCCCCUGGAGGGGGCCCUGCCCCAUCUCUACCCGCUGGGGCCCUUGCAGGAGGACAAGAUGCAGUACCUGCAGGUCCCGCCCACGCGACGCUUCUCGCACGAAGAUGCGGACCUCUGGGCCGUGGUGCCGCUGCCCGCCUUCCUGCCGCGCUGGGGCUCCGGCGAGAACCUGGCCGCCCUGGUGCAGGCCGCUGGGCCCCACCGGCGCCGCGACGGCCCGCGGGCCCCCGCGGAGGACGCGCCCCCGUUCCGCCCGCGCCGCCGCUCCGCCGAGAGCCUGCUGCCGCUGCGCCGCCCGGGGCUGGACGGCGGCCCGCGCCGCGCUCGCAGCUCGCCCCCCGGCAGCCCGCGCCGCCGCCCCGGGCCCGGCGCCCGCUCGGCCUCGGCCUCGCGGCUGCCCGACGCCUUUGCGCUGACCGCCUUCGAGCGGGAGCCGCAGGCCCUGCGCCGCCCGCCCGCCCCGCCGGCCCCCGACGCCCCGGCCCCCGCCCCGCUCGGCGAGGACGCGGCGCCCCCUGGCGGCCCCGGCGCGCGGCGGAGUCCCGGGCCGCACCCGGCCGCGCAUGCGCACGUCCGGCCCCCGCUGCCGGGCCUGAGCGCGUCGUGGGGCGAGCCCGCGGGCCUGCACGUGGCGGGCGGCGGCGGCAGCACCAGCAGCUUCCUGAGCUCGCCGUCCGAGUCCUCGGGCUACGUCACGCUGCCCUCGGACUCGCUGGGCUCCGCGACCUAGGGCCGCCCCUGGGCCAAAGCACCAAAGAUGCCCGCUGCCCCCCAGCUCGGGGCAGGGCCAGCCCUCGGGGCGAAGGGGCGAAGCCUUGUCCCCGUGAUGCGGGCAUUGCCCGAGGGCGACAGCUGCCCUGGACGACUGUGCGGGGCACUUGGUCUGGGCUUGGGUAAAGGAGGCCCUGCACGCGCCCAGCGCUUCCAGACGGGGAGCCCCAGGACAGGCCACCCCCAGACGAAACAGAGCCCCGCUCCACCCGGCACUAACCCGUCCCGCCUCUGCGGUGGGGCGCAGAGGUCUAAGCACAGGGUCUUCGGAGCCCAAGCAAGCUCAGAGCAGCCUCCCUGCCGACCGUCCUGCCUCUGCGUCCCCAUCUGUGAGGCAGGCGACCAGGGUAACUCAGGACUGAACAAGUGCUGGUCCCAGUGCUCUGACCACGGAGCGGACAGGGCGGGAGAGGUAGUCUCAGGCCCUCCGCGGCCCCAGGCCUGAGGCCUCCUGCUCUCUGCCCCUGGCCCCUAGCCCCUUGGGAACUCACCACACACACCCCUACUAAAGCACAACUCACACAUCCUCGCGGUUGGCACCACCCCCACCUUGCCACUGUUACGUCCUCACCGCCUGUCCCCACACGGUGGCCGGCUCUGUGACUACCACCACGGAGGCCGUGGGUCCCCGGUGGGAAGGACUGGAGCGAAGGAGAGUGGGCUUUCUUACUCUGCCCCCCCUGCCCCAUCCCCGCCCUACAGGUGUGGCCCACAGCCUCCCAGGUUCUGACAGGGUUCCCCCCUCUCCCCACCUGGACAGGGCUCUUCUUUGCUCUCCCUCCUGGCAGACCCCUUGCAGGCCUGGGCUUUGGCAUGGGCCCUGGGGAAGGGCCUGCUGGGUCUUCUGUAGGAGAAGCCCCUAGGCACAGGCUCAGGAGAGGCCCAGGAGCAGCUGUGACCUUGAGUGGCAGACGGGCAAGUGCAGAGGCUGUCUGGUCCCCGCCCCAGCCUUCAUGCAGUGGCCCCGACACAUGCAGCCUGGACCAGGCCCGGGGCCAGCGCGGAGCCUGCCUGCUCACAUCCCCUCCCACCCUGCCCCUGCCCCUCCUGUGGCCAGACCUCCCUCCGCACACCCCAGACUGGUCCCAGCCCCAGACUAGGCCACUGGGAGGAGGGAGGAGGGAGGAGGAGGGACUGCCUGGCUCCAUCUCUGCCUCAGAGGCCCCCGCAGCCCCUGGCUGUGGGGUAACCUUGGGGGAUGAGCUGGCCACGGGUGAGCAAGGCAGGGGACUGCUGUCCAGCCCGGUCAGUACUGCUGUGCCUUCCAGGACUGACCCGUCAUGAGGUGAUCAGCUAGCCACCGCCCCCCGCCCCCCCUCAGGCUGGCCCAUUUGUCACCUUGGGGUUUUUACUUUCCUAUCCAGCGGCAAUACUUACAGGGGGACAUGGCACCCCAGAGUCUCUCUAGUCCUGGUUUUUACAAAAUUAGAAGAGACAGGACCCCAAGCGGAGGGCCCUGGGGCCUGGACCCUCUCACACUCUGUGUGGCCCCCAGGCCCAUUUGCUGCGUUGAUAGCAGCCUGACCCUGGGCUUAGCGGGGCGGGGUUCUGUCUUCAUACCCACCCCCAGCCCAAAGCCAGGGAUCCGUUCAUAGUUUUUUUUGUUUUGUUUCUUUUUGGGUUUUUUUGACAACUAAGCAUUUCUCUCUGUACAGACCCAAUAAAACCUCCUGUGAUUUGCACCUGG